AGGGGCCUUUCCCUGUGGGAAACAAGCCCGGCUGUAAGUCACUGCCUGUGUAACGUGUGGACGGGACUCCUGUUAAGAGCCUUGGGCUGGGGCGAGUUUGCGUCGUUUGCGACGUUGGUUCGAAGCGGCAUAUGACCCGUGGGAAUAGCAGUUGAACUAGAAGAACAGUUAUCGAAUGGGAGAAGAAAGUUUGCAUGCUUUCUUCUCUUUUUAUCUUCCGACCUUAUUGUUUUUCUCAAGGAGUACUUAAGUGGCUGAAUAAUCAACGUCUGGAGCCCUCGGUGUAGAAUCUGUUAUAAAGUGUUUUAAGAUAAUUAGCCAAAAAGGUGGAGUACGAGAAUAAGGUCAAGAAAAACGUAAAUGGACUUCUGAAGUAACAAAAGGAAGAAAAAUGGAGACAGAGACCAUUUUAAAUCUUAGACACCAACUCAAGGAAGCAGAGAAUGAGCGAAGAAAGGCAGCACAAUAUGGCUUGCAUUUAUUGGAGUCCCAAAGUGAAGUUCAAAAUCAGUUGGAUCAAAUACGCCAUGAACUGACUGAGAAAACUGAGAAAUUCGAACAAGAGAAAUACUCUCUUCAGAGAGAAAUUGAACUCAAGAAUCGAAUGUUGGAAAGCUUGAGUUUUGAAUGUGAUUCCCUCAAGCAACAGCAAAACAUGCAACUGGAUAAACAGAAAGAACAGCUUGCCAGAGUCUAUGGACAAGAAAUCAGUGACCUUAAAAACAAGUUGGAGAACCUGAAAGCAGAACUAGAUGAAACCCGACUCUCGGAGAAACAAUUGAGACACAAAGUGGAUCAUCAGAAGGAAAUAAUUGCUGCCAAAUCAGAAGAACUACGUAUGAUGUCUGAACGUGUACAUGAGACCAUGUCUUCAGAAAUGCUCAAUCUUCAGAUAGAACUCACUGAACUAGAAAGUGUGAAGGCCAAUGUUGAAGAAAAGCUGAAUGAACUGCAGUAUGGUAAAGAACAGUUAGAACUCAUAAACAGUAACUUACGUAAUCAGCUGGAGCGUCUACAGGGAGAAAAAGAAGAGAGAGAAAAAGAAGUUGUUUCUUACUGUAACGCGUUAGAGAAAGCUCGUGAAGCUAAUCAAGAGCUUCAGGUUCAGCUGGAUCAUGCAGUGCAGCAAUCUUUGGACCCUGCAAGUAAAGGCAAUUCUCUCUUUGCUGAGGUGGAGGACCGUAGGGCAGAAAUGGAACGACAGCUGAUCAGUGUGAAAAUAAAAUAUCAUUCACUGCAAAAACAGCAUGCAUUCACUAGAGAACAAUUGCAAAAAAUGAAGCUGCAAAUGGCUACACUGCUACAGAUGAAAGGCUCUCAGGCAGAAUUUGACCAGCUGGAACGCUUACAGUCAAUGUUAGAACAAAAGAAUGGUGAGAUAGAAGAUCUUCUUAUGAAAGUGAGGCAGCUAGAAAAAUUUAAGACUUUAUAUGAGAAUAUGGAAGAAUCCAGAGCUAGUAGUGGCUCAAAAGGAGGAGAAUCUGAAGAUGGUUACUAUGCCGAUUUACUGCAAAUGAAACUAGAUAACUCAAACAAGGAAACUGAGACCUUGAAAAAUGAACUAUCCUUGCAGAGGAUGAAAGCUCUGUAUGAGAGCCAGAGGGUUCUGGAAGUUGAGAGGAAACUCUUCACAAAUGAGAGAAAUUUGCAAGCUUGUCAGAGUGAGAAUAUGAACUUGCGAGUUAUGCUGGAUGAGCUAAAAAUGAAAUAUGAACCUGAAGAAUUACUUAAAGGCGCUAAAAUUAAAAAGAAGAGGGAGAAGAUUCCAGUGGACACUACUUGUGAAUACUUGGACAGCAAAAAUAAUUUGGUAAAAGAGGAUGCUCCCACUCAAUUGCCAAGUAAGGAAGAAACAAAGGUGACUUCCAAGGACUUGGAGCAAAGUGACGCUUCUUCAAAAAAACAAGCUUUUGAAGCACCACCAAUAAAUAUAGCUUUUCAAGCAAUGCAAAAAGUCAUUGAACCUGAAAGAGAAAGAAAGAGAGUUAAAAUUAAAGAAGAGAAUCAUGAUGCCUUUACUUCGUAUAGCAGAAGUGGAAGUAAUUCCUUGACUUCAGUUGCCCCCAGGUCAGUGUCAGCUUCUGUCUAUGGUCAAGGCAAUCAGCACAGACCUGCAUCUCUUUUCUUUCGCUGCAUGAACUGUGCUAUCCACUUCUUUAUCUAUUUCCUCAGUGUUGCAUGCAGUGUAAUUCCUCAUCUCCGGCUGCCUACAUUGAACCUCUCCAUACCUUUUAGAAAGACUAAAAUGAUGACUAAUGAAAAAGACUCUUGAAACUGUAACAAUCUUUGAAAUAACUUUCCCAUUACUUGAAAAUGCUGAAGGUGCAGAGAUGGCAUGACAGUUCACUCAGUUUGCUCUAACUUCAGAAACAGGACUUUGCUCUUCAUCCCUUCAAAGCUGCCACACAACUGUGUUACAUGUCAAAGUAGCACAGGCAAUAGGUAUCAUGCUUCAGUUUCAUCUCAUGCUUGAUUUUAGCCCUCAUCAAUUUUCAGAUUUAGCUAAAACACUAAAAAUUAUUCCAGUUAAGUAAUUCUUAAACUGAAUUGGGUUAACAAAACUUGCAUUGUACAAUAUAAUAGACAAUUAUGCUAUUUGUGUUGUCAGACAAGUAAAUUCCAUAAUCUGGAUGCAUGAUAACUAGAAACACAACUGCUGAACUAAGAUCAAGUUUUUUCCCUGGACUGCGAAUUUAAGUUACUUUUUUGAUAGAUGGUAAAGUAACUUACUGCAGUAAUUAGCUCCAAAUUUCUUAUUUUUAUCUUGGUAAAAGGAAUACUGUUUGAUUAUUUUUUUUCUGCUGGUGUUUUUGUAUUCUGUUCAUAUUCAUAAUCUUAGUAAACACAUGUUAGAGUGUGUGGGGGGAGGGAGAAAAUCUGUGAUAGUCUAGAUGUUUUGAGCUUCCAACUUGCUAAUGUCUGCUAGUAAAAAUAGUUUAUUGAAUAUAGAACGACAGCAGCUUCAGAGAUGGAGGAAGGCUUAACACAUGGAAAUCUGUACAGUAUAUCCAAAACUAAUGGCAUUCAGAAGUCAUUGGAUUGAUGUUUUGACUCUUAGAUGAAGGUUGCAUUGGAUGCAAUUAACAAGUUUAAAGUAACUAAGCAGUCCAAUCUUCUGAAAUAGUCUGGAAAGAAUAUGGCAGGAGCAGCAGUAGCUGUGUCAGAGUAGCUGUGUCAGAACACACAGGGGCUGUUGCCAAGGAGGAAAGAUCGGGAACGUGGUGAAAGCUGAGAGGAAAGACUGGGUAAUGUAGUGAUGGUAUUGUGUUUUGGCAGGGUUCUGUGCACACAAAGGAACAGAUAGCAUCUAACCUGGGUGUGAAAAGUUUAACUUACUUCUUCGUAUUUCUUUUGGAAAGGAAGAUACAGCCUCCGCCAACAGGAAGUUGUUGGAAACAGUUUGUGAACUGAAGGGGUAAACACACCGGAGAGAGGGUGAAGAGAGGAAGUUAUUUUAUGGGAUUGGUGUUUGAAAGCAGUGCAAGUGGAAAAAGUAGAAGAGGAAGAUGAAGUCAUAGUUCAGAGGGAGGGUUCUAAUCUUGCACUAAUUACUGCUGGUUCAAAUAAGGAAUAAAAUAUAAAUCAGUAGAAUUCAAAAAAUAAAAACGACCAAAACACCACAAAAUUCUAUAUAAGCUUUUAAAUGGUUUUCUGUGGCGGUAUAAACCUGGAAAAGGCAAAUGCAGGCAGAAGGUUCUGUUUGUGUUUCUGAUUGCGUUAGUAAAUACUAACUCCCUAGUUAAUGAUGUUAAGAUAAAACUGAGGAUUUACUUAACCCGAUCUGUUUAUGACUUUAUUAUGAAAUAGGAAGUCAUGAUAAAAUCUGAGUAUUUGAGAGGUCAGGUUUGUAAACACUAAAAGAAUCUCUGGACUGUUCUGUGAUGGAUGUGGCCAAACCGUAUGUAGGGAUACAGCUAAAUGCAAAGGCACAAAAUAUAUUGGCAGCUUGAGCAGGAAUGUGGACCUGAAAAUGGAGAGCUUGGGGGACGAAAAAGCAAUUGGCAUGUGCAUGGUGGAUAACUGUCAGUGUUUCACUUUUUGUUAAGUAAAAUGUGAUGCUUUGGCUGAAAAAGCUGUUGUGGUCAUUGGGGGUUAGUUUUGUAACUGGAGCAGUUUUUGUGAAAUAAUUAGUGUAGCUCUGUCAUUAUUGGUCCAUGAAAUGUGGCAGUAAAAAGAGCCAUAGUAACUGUGAAAGGAUUGCAAACUUCACUUCUAGGAAAUGGUAUUUGAAAACCUGUGUCAUCUUAGUUUAGGAGGUGAUGAAGAAGCAGUCAGAAGUGAUUUACGUGUACUUGUAUGGGCGACAGAUUUCCUUGUUUGAAGAGUCUUGCUUGCUAAUGUGAUUUAGCAAGAUAAAGUCAGAUAACUUUGAACUAACAGCAUAUGUACAUAUCUGCAGUGUAUAUAUACGUAAAGUUUAAAGCAAGUAAACCUUGGAAUACUUUACGAGGUGAUGGUACUGAUUAGGUUAUAGUAUGUAAGCGUUGAGAACAUAGUAUUUGAGAUGACAGAUUUCAAUAUUUAAGCAAUUACUAUUAAUUCCUAUUGUAAUUCAGGCAAUGCAAGGGUUAUAAGUAGUGAUAUCUUCUGUUAGGCCAACUGGUCAAUAACAAGAUACACUUGUGUAUUGAAAUGCUGUUCUUCACUGCUGAAACUGAAAUAGCAAAUUCCAGCCCUUGCUGCCCAAUUUACUUUGCAUUUAGAUUUGAGGUUGUCUGCUCUACUUUGAUCUAAAGGUCUUGUGUGCCUAAAAGCUUAUUUGCUCUUUUAAAUUAUUUAGUUGGGUUAAUGUGCCAAAUCUACCUCAUUUGGAUUGUUCAAACAGGAAAUGCCUAUAGCCAUUUGGCUCAGCAGGAGAUCUGGAUAACUAAUACUCUCUUUGGGGCAUGGCAUUUAUCCUCGGGAAGUAAAGCUCCAUCUGAUGAGACUAGUUGAUCUUCCUUAAAUGGGUAGAAGGAACCCCCCCCCAUUACAUCUUAUUUUUGGAGUCUACAUAGUUAAAGCUGGAUAGAAUCAUGUCAUAGUUUCACGAGUAUUUUUUAAGUGGAUGUGUUUAACUGUCAUCUUUCUGAUCCGUUCACUUCCCUGUGCUAACACUUCAUGAAAUAUGGCUUAUAAGGGUUGGUCUGUGAGCUGGCUUGGUAUGAUAACUGUGGUGGGUUAACUUUGACUUGCUGCAAGAUGCCCCCCUGGCUGCUCCGACUAUGGAGGAAAAAAUGGCUUGCCAUCAGAGUUACAGGGGUGGACUUACUACAGAGCGAAUGGUGGAGCUGACCUAAGGGAGAUGCACAGCAAAGCAUAUUUCUCUUGUAGUCUACUGAGCCAUGCUUAUAGGAAAUAAGAUGCAGAUUGCUUGUGAUGGAUAAGAAUAGCUUAUUUGAUAUAUUUGUGUAUGAAGGUAGACUGGGGGUGGGGAAAAUCUGUAGCUAAAUUUCCCUAAACACUUUUGUUACAGCUCCUUUCAUAGCCCUCAUCUUCAGCUGUAUCUCUCUCUGUUGCAAGUGAAUCUCUAACAAGAAUAGCAGCAGCUAUUCAUGUUGGGAAAACCAUCAUUGACAGCAGCUGCAGAUGGUUGUGGGUUGCUCACUAGAAGCUCUUGAAACCACUGGAAAUCCACAAGGUCACUAGAGAGUUGCUUUAACAGAUGUGGUGAUGAAUCAGCAUAGAAUUUCUGUUGGUAUGUGAAGUGAUGUUUAAUUUGGAACUUAAUGUUCCGUAAUUUGUUUUGCUGUGGAAAUAAUAAUGUAUUGGUCGUGGUGAUUUGGUUGAGUAAAUACCACUAUUUAUCAAUUUGCUCUAAUGACACAUUUAUAUGUUUAUUAAGUAAUUCUUAAAUAAUCAAAACACCUGAUUGUGCUCAGGUGUCUAAAUUUUGUUUUUAACUUACCUCUUUAACAGCAAUGUGGCAGUUAAGAUUGCAUUCCCAUUUACAUUCCUAGCAGAAUUAAAACAUGUCAGUGGAAGAAUUGUGUAAUUUAGAGCCUGAAAAUAAGUUGUGCGUUUUUUUCCCCAACAACUUCUUUUCAUUUCUUCAGGCAUUAAGAUAAAGGCGGUAGCAGUAGAGAACUAGGUUGGAAAGUAGUGUGUAUGCAUAUAUUGCGUUAAGUGUAGUCCUGUUUUUUUUUGGUUGUGUUAAAGCAAAAUGCUUGAUUCAUCAUGCUUGUAUUAUGGUGCUGGGACUUUUCACUUGGACUUGUGCUUUUGUGGACUUGAUCUCAUUUAUGUGCACGGCACAGUCACUGUUUUUUUUUUUUUUAACAGCUGAUCCGAAUGAGUUAACAUGUUCAGAAACCUUUUUAGCAAACAUUUCAGCAGAUAAAGGGGGGGAGGAGAAAGGCUAGACUUUAACUGAUGCAAUGUGAGUAGAACUGGUAAAAAAGUAAAUGCUUUGUUUUAGUCUCAUUCUUAAACGCUGCUUGCUUUGUCUUUCCAUACGGAUGGGCCCGUGUGCCAUUGCCUUGUUGAUUUUGCUUAAAACUCUUUUUUUAGCCCUGUUUUUUAUUAACUAAAUAUGUAUUUAGAAUGGUUG